AGCUGGGGCGGCAGCGCGCUUGUGGCCGGGCUCCGCGGGCUGGGGGAGGGCUCACGGGCAGGAGGCGGAGGUCUGGACGCCUCUUUCGAUCGUAUAUAAUCCAGAGCCGAGCCGGACGGAAAGGAAGGCCCCUGGCUGCAGGCCUGCGGGUUAGACAGCCGCCCAGACCGACGCGGCCACUUGGUGGAAGUUCGCAGCCCAGCCGAUCCGAUGGAGGAACUGAGGCCUAGCGCCCCGGGCAUUGCUGCCCUGCUGCCCCCUGGAUUGCACGCUAUCUACCAAGAAUGUAGGCGCUUGUACUCGGAUCAGCCGAAUCCACUGCAAGUUACCGCAAUCGUCAAGUAUUGGUUGGGAGGACCAGACCCGCUUGACUACAUCAGCAUGUACAGAAAUCCAGGCUGCCCAAUACAGGAUGUUCCCGAGCAUUGGCAUUAUGUCAGCUUUGGUUUGAGUGACUUGUAUGGAGACAAUAGAGUACAUGAAUUUACAGGAGUGGAAGGACCAAGUGGCUUUGGGUUUGAAUUGACUUUCCGGUUAAAACGAGAAACUGGGGAAACUGCACCUCCGACGUGGCCAGCUGAAUUGAUGCAGGGUUUGGCCAGAUAUGUAUUCCAGUCAGAAAACACAUUAUGCAGUGGUGACCAUGUCUCUUGGCACAGCCCAUUGGACAACAGUGAAUCUCGCAUCCAACACAUGUUACUGACAGAGGACCCACAGCUGCAACCUGUGCGUACCCCCUUUGGAACAGUUGCUUUCUUGCAGAUUGUUGGAGUUUGUACAGAAGAACUUCAGGCAGCACAGCAGUGGAAUGGUCAAGGGAUCUUGGAGCUUCUCCGGACUGUUCCUGUGGCAGGUGGCUCUUGGCUAAUCACUGAUAUGCGAAGAGGAGAAACUAUAUUUGAAUCUGAUCCACAUUUGCAGGAGAGGGUGGACAAAGGCAUAGCGACUGAUGGAUCAAACCUGAGUGGUGUGAGUGCAAAAUGUGCGUGGGUUGAUCUGAGCCGUCCCCCAGAAGAUGAAGAAGAUAGCAGAAGUAUUUAUCUUGAGAUGCAGCCACGUCGUUUGUCCGAUAAAGAUACAGAGCAAAUCAGAGAGGUCCUGCGUAGGGGCCUUGAAAUGAAUACCAAACCAGUUUUGCCACCGAUCAGUUCCCAAAAGCCCCAGCAGCAGAAUGGGAUGAAUCAUGAUCGAGCACAACUAGUGCAAUCAGUGGGCCAUUUCCAGAGCAAGCAAACUGAAAGGACUAGAAAAGAUAGUUUGGAGAGUGAAAGUUCUGCUGCUAUUGUUCCUCACGAACUGAUCCGCACCAGACAGCUGGAGAGUGUACACCUUAAAUUCAACCAGGAAUCAGGAACUCUUAUUCCACUGUCACUGAGAGGUAGAUUGUUACAUGGAAGGCACUUUACUUACAAAAGCAUAACAGGAGAUACAGCGAUCACAUUUGUCUCUACUGGAGUUGAAGGGGCGUUUGCCACAGAGGACCAUCCAUAUGCAGCCCAUGGUCCAUGGCUACAGAUUCUGCUGAAUGAAGAAUUUGUGGAAAGGAUGUUAGAGGAUUUGGAAGACCUGGCCUCCCCAGAAGAAGUGAAACUGCCGAAGGAGUACAGCUGGCCAGAGAAAAAAUUGAAAAUCACAAUUUUACCUGAAUCGGCAUUUGACAGUCCUCUGCAGUAGCGGAGAUAUAUUGAGACUAAAUGUUAUCUAUGUAAAAAUGCCUUGUCUUUAUGUUCCACUUCCAAACUUGCAAAAAUAAUUUUUGCAGUAUAUAGUAGUUAUAUAAAGGAUGGCUACCUAGUCAAUGUAGUUAAAAGCUGUUUAAAAAAAGUCAUGCUAAUGUUAAAUCCAUUCUGACUAAACUGGAGACGUGUGUACUUUAGCUCACCGUACCUGUUAUUGAUGACUAGUAAGGGAAAGGAGCAAGAAAAUUGGUUGCACAUAGUAUUUUUAUAGCUUAUUGUGCCUAUCUUAUCUGAUGACUUAAGUGCUGACCAAGUACGGCUUGUCUAAAAUUGUACUUGUCCUGUUGAUGUGUGGAUCAUGCCAAAGGUGUGUUCCACAGCAGGAGAUUUGUUUUUUUUUGCUUAAGAUUUAUUACUUUUGUACAAUUUUAUUACAAUAUUUUCACCACAAUCAGAGCACUAUUGGGCGGGGUGAGAAAUUAUAAGAGAUCGCUGCAGUAACUGGGUGAAAAGAAAGAUGUUCAGGCAUUUCCUAUUUAACUUUUUCCUUUAAUUAUAAUUGUCUCUCUGUUUGAACACACUUUUAUAUACAUGAAAUUAUCAGUAGUUCAAUUUUUGAUGAGUUAUUUUAUUUUCCCCACACCACUGGGUCAUAGCCUCUAAUAGCAUAGUGGGGUGCCAUUACAUGACAAUAUUUUCACCUUUCAUUAAUGCAUCAGCACGGUAGAGUAGUGGUUAGCACAACACUUUACAGCACCAGUGACCUGGGUUCAUUUCCUGCGGCUGCCUGUAUGUUCUCCCUGUGAACUGUGUGGGUUUCUUCCUGCAGUCCAAACACUUAUUGGUUGAUAGGUUAAUUCAUCAUUGUAAAUUGUCCUGUGAUUAGGCCAGGGUUAAAUUGGGCGAUUGCCAGGCAGCACAGUUCGAGGGGCCGGAAGGGCACAUUCUGUGCUGUAUCUCAAUAACUAAAUAAAUUCCAGAUCAAAUGAAACCACAUUUAAUAAAUUCUAACCUCAUGAUACUUUGGAUGGUUAUCUUAAUCUUAUGUCCUCCAUUUACUCUUCCUCCUCUACUUCUGGGGAGGGAUUUUUGAGUACCUUCAUUAGUUCUCCCCUUGGUUUUCUCUUAAACCAGACUUCUCUGGUCUUGGAGCUGGUGUCCCUUAUCCCUGAUUUUUGUUGUAACAUAUUUCCUCAGCUCUCUUAAUUUCUUGGUGUUACUCCAGAAGUCUAGUGACCAACUUGAACAUUGCUCAAGCUGAGGAUUCACUAAUUGCUUGUAAAGGCUUUGCAUAAGGAAGAUUUCACUUUCUGAAGUAAUUGGCAAUUAUUGUGUGGAAGAAGGAUGAGAUGCAGUCUAGCAAUCAUUUUGUUAUUAAUCCACAGAUUGGGGUUCAGGAUAUUAUUGGUAAGGGCCGGCAUUUAUUACUAUUUCUUAACUGCCUUUGAGAUGACGGUGAUCAGCUACCUCCCUUAUCUACUGCAGGCCUAAUGGCCAAGCUGCUUUGAAAGUAUUAGGGAGGAAAUUCCCAAUGAAGACUAGGCAAGUUGCUGCAGGGCAUCUUGCACAUGGAAUGUACAGCAAUCACAUCUAAUCAGUGACGGAGGGAGUGACUACUCCACGAUAAUUCUUACUAUGCAGACCUGUUUAUGACAUAAAGUUCAGUAAUGCCACCUGGAUCCAGAUACGAUUGAUUCAGACUAGCAACUAAGAACUAAUAAUUGUAAUUUUUUCAUCCGUGUCAUCCAUGUGGCUUUAGAAGAUUACCCAUUAAUGUCAUUAAAUACAUGUCUAAAGCCUGAUGCUAUCCAGCCGCAGUCACAAAGGCUAGUUCAAAGUUCAGUUUACUUCAGUAGUAGCUUGUAAUUGGCAUUCUAGAUGAACAUUUUUGUAGUUCAUCUCUGUGAGCAGCUUUUGUUUUGCAUAGAUCUUGACACACUACAGAUUUCACUGAAGGUCACCCGCAGAACUGCAGUGUAAUUCAUGUUUUAGAUACUAUUUUUAAAAUGAAGAAUACUAGCAGGUGUUUUUAUUGUAGUUGUCUAAUGUAAAUUUUUCUACUUUGUGUGUAGUGCAGCUUGUCUUGCACUUUUGUAAUUUUUUUGAGAGUCACUAAAACUAUUCCACCAGUAAUCUGUGCAUUAAGGUAACUGAUAAUUCAAGCUGUUUAAUUUUUUUUGUCUGUACAAUGAUCCAUUUAUCUGAAAAUAAAGGUUUAUUCUAUAUAACUACA